CACCAGCUCCAGCUCUUCUUUCCUCACCCCUCACCCCACCCUUGGCCCCUGGGUCAGACCUACUACGGGCAGGUGCUGAAGAAAUCAGCAGACCUCCAGACCAAUGCGUGUGUCACUGCAGCCAGGCCAGUCCCCAAGCACAUCCGGGAAGCCCUGCAGAAUGUAAAUGAGGAAGUAUCCUUGAGAUAUUAUGGCUGUGGUCUGGUCAUCCCUGAGUGUCUGGAAAACUGCUGGAUUUUGGACCUGGGGAGUGGAAGUGGCCCAGACUGCUAUGCACUUAGUCAGCUGGUUGGUGAGAAGGGACAUGUCACCAGAAUAGACGUGACAGAAGGUCAGGUAGAAGUGGCUAACAAGUACAUUGAAUAUCACAUGGAAAAAUAUGGCUUCCAGGCACCCAAUGUGACUUUUAUUCAUGGCUACAUAGAGAAGUUAGGAGAGGCUGGAAUCAAGAAUGAGAGUUAUCAUAUUGUUAUAUCCAAUUGUGUCAUUAACCUUGUACCUGAUAAACAGCAAGUGCUGCAGGAGGUACAUCGAGUGUUAAAGCACGGUGGGGAGCUAUAUUUCAGUGACGUCUAUGCUAGCCUUGAAUUGCCAGAAGAAGUCAGGACACACAAAGUUUUAAGGGGUGAGUGCCUGGGUGGUGCUUUGUACUGGAAAGACCUUGCUAUCCUUGCCCAAAAAAUUGGGUUCUGCCCUCCACGUUUGGUCACUGUCAAUUUCAUUACAGUUCAAAACAAGGAACUAGAAAACAUGAUCGGUGACUGCCGUUUUGUUUCUGCAACAUUUCUCCUUUUCAAACUCCCUAAGACAGGACCAACCAAAAGAUGCCAAGUUAUUUACAAUGGAGGAAUCACAGGACAUGAAAAAGAACUAAUAUUUGAUGCAAAUUUCACAUUUAAGGAUAUAAUCACAGAUCCAUUCAAGCUUGAAGAAGGGUCUGACAAUGCGAAGUCCAGAAGUUCCCCUGAAGCUGCCAGCGGCUGCUGAGGCACAGAGAAGUGCUGCUAAAACAGCAGCUGACCAGAAGACAGUGGGCAGGAGGUGAAAGAAUGAGUUAUACAUGUCUUAACCUGCUUUUCCCCACAGCCCAUACCACAAGAAAGAAUAAAAGGCAAAACUCCACCGUAUUUUAGAUAAAAAUUAAUGAAUUAUUUUUACAAAGUAUUAAUUAAAGGUUCACAGCAAAAUCAUCUAAAGACUAGUUAAGCAGUUUUUCUCUUAACUGAGUCUGGUGCCACCUAGUGGCAAGAAAUGGAACUGAGAAGCAGUCUGAAAGCUUGGCUGAUGGGCAAGAAAGGCUUCAGAAAUAACAGUUGGCCAAGGGCCUCAGGGAAAACAUCUUCCUUCUGACCUGCAUAGCACCUUUUGGACUUUUCACCAUGUUUGCUCAUUAAACAGAGCUCCUACUUGAACUCAUGCUAAUCAUGCCAAAAGAUUGCUAAAUCAAAUUUGGUAGGUGUGCUCUUGAGGUAAUUGGUCUUUUAAAUCAAGCAGGUUUUUUUUUCUUCCUUUUAAUGUGCAAUUGAAUGAAAAAAACAAACAGGUAAUCAUUUUUUGACCUCAGUUUACCCUAAUGUGGGACAAAAUAAUGACCAUCUGCAGUAAAUCUUAACCGGAUCAGGAAAAGAGUUUGAUAAUUUUAAAAAGACAAGCUAGGAGAUGUAAAAAUGGUGGGUUUUCUUUUCCUUUAUAAGGUGCCCUGGUUGAACUUUUAGGAAAGUAUUAAAUUUAGUUCUAGUUUCCAUAGUUAAAGAAGAAGAUUGAGGAAUAUUUCAAGGAUGGUUAUAUCAUUAGAAAUUAAGAGCAUUAAGGGACAGUUGAAGAGUGAGUAAAUAAAUUGAAGACCAGUUGUACCUGAAGACUUUGUCAGGGGCACAGAAAGUGUAAGUCAUAUAUAAGCCAUGGUCCUUGUCAUCAGGAGCUGAUAGUUCAGUUUUUAAAUAACAGCCUUUAAGCAAUGAAGGAUUUUUAAAAAAUAUUUAUUUAUUUAUAUUUGUGGCUGCCUUGGGUCUUUGUUGCUGCGCGCGGGCUAUUCUUCGUUGCGGUUCCCCGGCUUCUCAUUGUGGUGGCUUCUCUUGUUGCGGAGCACAGGCUCUAGGCGUGCGGGCUUCAGUAGUUGUGGCACUCGGGCUCAGUAGUUGUGGCUCGCGGGCUCUAGAGU